AUGGCUGCGAAGGGUCGAGGGAACGAGGACGUGGACGUGGACGUGUACGCCACACUGCUCUUGAGCGACACAUACUUGCCUGGCGCUCUGGUGCUGGCGCAUUCCCUGAGAGAUGCUGGUACCACCAAACAGCUGGCCGUUCUGGUCACCCUCGACACUGUCUCUGCCGAAGCCAUAUCGGAGCUCAAGACUGUAUACCACCAUGUCAUUCCUGUCAGCCGAAUCCGAAACCACCAGCCCGACAAUUUACACCUAAUGAACCGAGCCGACCUCCACUCCGCCUUCACCAAGAUCAAUCUCUGGAAGCAGAUGCAGUUCCGCAAGAUUGUCUACAUCGACGCCGAUGUUGUCGCCUAUCGAGCUCCCGACGAGCUCUUCGACAUAGCACACCACUUCUCCGCCGCCCCAGACACAGGCUGGCCCGACCUGUUCAAUACCGGUGUCAUGGCUCUUACUCCGAACAUGGGCGACUACUAUGCUAUGAUGGCCAUGGCAGAGAGGAACAUCUCAUUCGAUGGCGCCGACCAGGGCCUCAUCAAUAUGCACUUUCAGAAUAACUAUAACCGUAUCAGUUUUACCUACAACGUAACUCCGUCCGCCCAUUACCAAUAUCUACCGGCCUAUCGUCAUUUCCAGUCGACUAUCAACAUGGUCCACUUCAUCGGCUCCGACAAGCCGUGGUUCAACGGGCGCCACGCAAGCAAUGGGAGCUCUCCCUUCGACCAGAUGACUGGCAGAUGGUGGGCCGUCUAUGAUCGACAUUAUCGAGAACCUUCGCCGAGACUCGCGCCUUCUAUACCCCAGGAAACUUCCAGCAGCACUUUCAACGCCCAGUCACCUUCGGAGCUGGUGCAGUAUCUCACCAAGGGAGAAUACCAGCCAAAGCCCGCUCAUCUGGGAUUGACCAGUAAGCCUCUUAAUGAUGACCGACGUGAUCAUGAGCAAACGUCCCAGCAUCCACAGCAUGCGCCUUCAGAUUACCGUGGUGCUCCCCAUCCCGAAGCGCAAGGCCACCAUGACCGAGACCAAGCUCAUGGUCACGAGGGUCUUCAGUCUGGAGGCACCGUCCGGCAGGCUGAGUCAUCUAGUUCUGGUUUUAGCGAGUCGAUUUCGUCUGCAAGUAAUGUUGAGGGAAGUCAAGCUGAGGCUCGCGAAGGGCAAAUUGAAGCGCCUGCCGCCCCUUGGGCCCCGUCCGAACCGGAGCAGAAGCCAGAGCCAUUCCAGCCUUCCAUGGCAAGCUGGGACGCUCAAAGACAUGCGCCCCCGACACACUCGAAACCGGAAGCCGAGAACUUCCCCAUCGCUAUAUACCAAAUGUCUCAGGAUUCUGCUCCGUUUGUCGCUCCCCAACGAUACCCUAGCCCUCCGAGGAACAUGUGGUACGAAGUUUCCAAGGACCCUCCCGCUCCUCCCAAGCCUAUCUUUCCUUGGGAGACUCAGCAAGCGAAAGCAUCACGCGUAUUUGCCGACGAACCGAAAGGCGCGAGUGGCGCUUAUGGUACACCUACGGGUGAGCACCGGCCCUCUCCUGUCCUUCAACCGUCGACUGAGUCUUCUAUCGUAGAAUCGUCUACCGUUCAGCAAAAGGACGAGCCAGUCACGCCCAUAACCCCGACCAUCCAUAUCACGCCGUCGGACCCUUGGACCACGUACACGCGGACUAAUGCAUGGGACGAAGUACCAGCGAUCGAGCGGUACGUCGAUUCUAUGCAGAAGCACCGGCGUUCGCAGAGUCUAAAGUCCCCCGGCGUGAUCGCGAUGCCCAGUCCUGGCGAAGGCGUUGAUGAGAUCGCCUGGAGGCGGCAAGGGAAGAAGCUCACCGACUUCCCGAGCGAAGUAGAGCGUCCCAGCCUGCCAGUUACUCCAGCACCCAUCCGUCGAGCCAAGUUCUGGGGUGGGGUUGGCCCUGGCAUCGGCGAUGGCGAUGACGACCCACAUCUGCCUGCCGCCGAGGGCGUGCCAGCGCAGAGCGAAUGGGAUUCUGCGGCACAGCUUCGGAAACUGGCUGAGCAACACUCCGAUGCAGUGCUACAAAAACUCGGCAGUGGUUCUGGUCGAGACAGCAGUGAUUAUCCUCCGAGGGCACUGCCUUUUGGUUCUGAAGAGCUGGUGUCCCCGACGUAUGUGGCACAUACCGCCAACGUGUUGAGCCCGCAGCCGGUGAAAGGUCGCGCAAGCUCCAGCGCCGUUCGCAUGAUUGAUCCUGAGACGACGUCUCCAGGCCCGUCACAACCCAGAGAGCUUCUUCCCAAAAUAACCACAAUACCUGGUCCGAGUUACUCAGGUCCCGGUCCGGCUUUCGAGAAGGGCGAGAACUCCUCCUCAUCGCGAGAUUCGACGGCUACUGGGAAGUAG